CCUCCGACCAGGGAACGUCCGGUGGGGCUCCACACUCUGUACCGCCAAAGCUGCAGCUCCAGACGCCCGGCCCCGACGUUUUCCGAUCACUUCCGGGUGGAAUGUCACGGCCGGGAGCCGCUAUUGGGCAACCAUGGAAGGGGCACUUCCGGUGCCCAAGUGCUGGGCUCUUUGGCAGGAGGAAGAAGAUGGAGGCCGGCACCGGGGCCCGUGCCCGGUCUCUCUUGUGGCUUUUGCUGCCCUUGCUUGGCCCGGUCUGCGCCAGCGGUCCCCGCACCUUAGUGCUGCUGGACAAUCUCAACCUGCGGGAGACGCAUUCACUGUUCUUCGGGAGCCUGAAGAACCGAGGUUUUGAACUCACCUUUAAGACAGCUGAUGACCCCAGCCUGUCCCUCAUUAAGUACGGGGAGUUCCUCUAUGACAAUCUCAUCAUUUUCUCCCCUUCCGUGGAAGAUUUUGGGGGCAACAUCAACGUGGAGACCAUCAGUGCCUUUAUUGACGGUGGCGGCAGCGUCCUGGUAGCUGCCAGCUCAGACAUUGGUGACCCUCUUCGAGAGCUGGGCAGUGAAUGUGGGAUCGAGUUUGAUGAGGAGAAGACAGCAGUCAUUGACCAUCACAACUAUGACGUCUCAGACCUUGGCCAGCAUACGCUCAUUGUGGCUGACACUGAGAACCUGCUGAAGGCCCCGACCAUUGUUGGGAAAUCACCUCUUAAUCCCAUCCUCUUCCGAGGCGUUGGGAUGGUGGCCGAUCCUGACAAUCCUCUGGUACUGGACAUCCUGACAGGCUCUUCCACCUCUUACUCCUUCUUCCCGGAUAAACCCAUCACCCAGUAUCCCCAUGCGGUGGGGAAGAACACCCUCCUGAUUGCUGGGCUGCAGGCGAGGAACAAUGCCCGGGUCAUCUUCAGCGGCUCCCUUGACUUCUUCAGUGAUGCCUUUUUCAACUCAGCCGUGCAGAAGGCCACACCUGGCUCCCAGAGGUAUUCCCAGACAGGCAACUAUGAGCUAGCUGAGGCCCUGUCCCGCUGGGUGUUCAAGGAGGAGGGUGUCCUCCGUGUGGGGCCUGUGUCCCAUCAUCGGGUGGGCGAGACAGCCCCUCCCAACGCCUACACUGUCACCGACCUAGUGGAGUAUAGCAUUGUGAUUGAGCAGCUCUCAAACGGCAGAUGGGUACCCUUUGAUGGUGAUGACAUUCAGCUGGAAUUUGUCCGCAUUGAUCCCUUUGUGAGGACCUUCUUGAAGAAGAAAGGUGGCAAGUACAGCGUCCAGUUCAAGUUGCCCGAUGUGUAUGGUGUGUUCCAGUUUAAAGUGGAUUACAACCGGCUCGGCUACACACACUUGUACUCUUCCACUCAGGUGUCAGUGAGGCCACUGCAGCACACGCAGUAUGAGCGUUUCAUCCCCUCUGCCUACCCCUACUACGCCAGUGCCUUCUCCAUGAUGGCGGGGCUCUUCAUCUUCAGCAUCGUCUUCUUGCACAUGAAGGAGAAAGAGAAGUCUGACUAGGAGGCCAGAGCCCUGGUACUCCUACUGCUUGGAGAAAGAGGGUUUUUAUUUUUAGUUUCCCUUUUUUUUUUUUUUUUUUUUUAAGCCGUGGGACAAUGG